AUGAACGGCAGCGGCAGCGGCAGCGGGAGCGGGAGCCUGGGCCGCCGCCCGCGGCGCAAGUGGGAGGUGUUCCCGGGCCGCAACCGCUUCUACUGCGGCGGCCGCCUCAUGCUGGCGGGUCACGGCGGUGUCUUCGCGCUCACGCUGCUGCUCAUCCUCAGCACCACCAUCCUCUUCUUCGUCUUCGACUGUCCCUACCUGGCCAACAAGCUGACCCUCGCCAUCCCCAUCAUCGCUGCCAUCCUCUUCUUCUUUGUCAUGAGCUGCCUGCUGCAGACAAGUUUCACCGACCCGGGGAUCCUUCCCCGGGCCACAGUCUGUGAAGCAGCUGCCCUGGAGAAACAGAUCGACAACACAGGCAGUUCCACAUACCGGCCACCCCCUAGGACAAGGGAGGUGAUGAUCAACGGGCAGAUGGUGAAGUUAAAGUACUGCUUCACCUGCAAGAUGUUUCGGCCGCCCCGGACCUCACACUGCAGCGUCUGUGACAACUGUGUGGAACGCUUUGACCAUCACUGCCCCUGGGUGGGCAACUGUGUUGGGAGACGGAACUAUCGCUUCUUCUACGCAUUCAUCCUCUCCCUCUCCUUCCUUACGGCCUUCAUAUUUGCCUGUGUUGUUACCCAUCUGACACUGCGCUCUCAGGGAAGCACCUUCCUCUCCACUCUGAAGGAGACGCCAGCGAGUGUGCUGGAGUUGGUGAUAUGCUUCUUCUCCAUCUGGUCCAUCCUGGGCCUCUCAGGGUUUCACACGUACCUCGUCGCCUCCAACCUGACAACUAAUGAAGACAUCAAAGGCUCAUGGUCCAACAAGAGGGGUGGUGAGGCCUCUGUCAACCCCUACAGCCAUAAAAGUAUUAUCACCAACUGCUGUGCUGUGCUCUGUGGCCCCUUACCUCCCAGUCUCAUUGACCGGAGGGGAUUUGUGCAGCCCGACACUGUGUUGCCCUCGCCCAUCAGAAGUGAAGAGCCAGCCUGUGGAGCCAAGCCAGAUGCCACCCUGGAGGACACCUGUCAGGAUUUUGCCAUCUCCUGCACAGCCUGAGGGGAGCUAACAGGCCUCUUUGCAGAGGGUUAGCUGUGUGUGCGAGGGCUUAAGGACCUUCUGAGGACUGCUGCUCUCUGCCUCUCCAGGAGCGGCCUGGGGGGAGCCAGGCGCCCGGCACCU